AUGAAUAUAAUUUUUUAUUUUGGACUGUUUGCAUUCAUGGGUUCUACAGUGUCUCAAUUUUCUGAUUAUAAUAUUCUUCAAGAUGUCAUUGAUAUAACUGCAACUGGGAAUAUAGACUUCACUUCUGGCUCAGAUGGACAUCCUGCUUACAAAUUUGAAGAAUCGAGCAAUAUAUCAGCUGGGGCUCAAUCUAUUUCCCUGUUUGACAAAACACUUUCCAGUCCAUUUGCUAUAAAUAUAUUGUUUAAAUUUGAAACAGUUGAAUACUCUUGCUUAUUCGCAAUAAUGGACUCAAAGAAAGAAAUAAAGCUUAGACUGUGCUUAACACCGAUCGGCCCAGAUGCUGUAACAGUUAAUAUUGAUAGCAGCAGUUUAGCAGAAAGUCAAGUAAAUUUUAAUGUCUAUAUAAAUGAAGAUCUUAUUUCCAAUUGGAUAAAUAUUUUUCUGAUCUUUGAAGACAAACGAAACAUUUUAUCUAUUUAUGUCAAAUGUGAACACAUCGAUUCGAUUAUGUUAAGAGAAGAAAUGAAAGAUAUUUAUUUCUCUCAAGAUUCACAAAUUUUUAUUGGACAAUCUGGGACGGAAAAGAAAGAUCCUUUUAAGGGGGCCAUACAAAAACUAGUUAUUUACCCGAACUCAGAUAAAGAAAAAUUGAAUACUUUAUGCAGAGACAUUGAUGGUUACUCGGAAUCUGAGGAUGUUCAUCUUAAAGGUGACUUGACAUCACCACCAGAGUAUUUCCUAAAUAGUGAAACAGUUGAAAAGGGUGAAAAAGGUGACAGAGGUGAAAAAGGUGACACUGGUGCGCAAGGUAAAAGUGGGAUAGCAGGUGAACCAGGGAAGAAAGGUGACAAAGGUGACAAGGGAGAAAAAGGGGACUCCAUCAAAGGACCGCAAGGAGCUCAGGGUCCAAUAGGACCACAAGGUCCAAUUGGUUUACCUGGCCGUAAAGGAGAGGAAGGAAUGUGCCGAUGUUCGGAAUCUGUGAUAUCAAGUGUAAUCAAAAACAUGCCGGAAACGAAGGGACCACAAGGUGAACCCGGACCUAGAGGAGCAGAUGGUGACAUCGGCAUUCCAGGAAAGACAGGAUUACCUGGAAUGCAAGGCGAGAGAGGUCCAAUGGGCCUUAAAGGAGAUAAAGGUGAACGAGGAGAAGAUGGACGUUCAGGACGUGACGGUGCACCAGGGUCCAAAGGAGAGCCAGGUACAGAUGGUGCUCCUGGACCGGCCGGACCACGAGGUGAAACAGGAUUACCUGGUCCACCAGGACUAGCAUGUGAGCGAGAAGAAGAAUCAGAAAAGGUGCCAGUAGUAGGUGAAAAGGGCGAUGUUGGACCGAUUGGCCCACCAGGACCACCAGGAUUGCGAGGUGAAAAAGGGGAAAAGGGUGAAAUAGGAGAUCGUGGAUUAACAGGAGAAAAAGGUGAACGGGGGUACGACGGUCCACAAGGUCCACGAGGAGAAAAAGGUGAAACAGGAAAUCCUGGCUUGAACGGGACACCUGGAGUACCGGGGACUCAUGGAAGACCUGCAGAGAAGGGAGAAAAAGGUGAUCCUGGUGAAAAGGGUGAAAUAGGUCACCCUGGCAUACCAGCAAAACUUUCUUCCAUAUUAGAUGAAGAUAUGGACGUUAAUGAAAACACCAUGUUAGUUGAAAAAUUAAGGGGAUUUAAAGGAGAAGCAGGAAAAACGGGCGAAAAGGGUGACAAAGGAGACAAGGGAGAAAUAGGUCAUUCAGGUGCCCCGGGGAUAGAGGGUCGGCAAGGAGUUCCAGGUGAAAAGGGUAAUCAAGGCGAAAAAGGCAAUGUUGGUGCUACGGGACCAAAAGGUUAUAAGGGAGAUAGGGGUGAAACUGGGCCGUCUGGAACGAUAUCUCCGUCUACCUUAAACCGUUUGAAGGGUCCUAAAGGUGACCGAGGGCCAACAGGAAAGAGUGGACCUCGCGGACCACCUGGAUAUAAUGGAAAAAUAGGUCCUAUUGGUUUACCAGGCCAAAAAGGUGAAAAGGGUGCCAGCGGUGCUCCUGGAGCUCUGGGUCCUGCAGGUCCAGUAGGAGUGACUGGAGCAAAAGGAGAAAAAGGUGAAAAGGGAGACAUACCAGAAAUAGCCCUGGAAAAGAUGAAAGGCGAAAAGGGAGAAAGAGGUGCAGCAGGAGUGCCAGGAGAGCCUGGCAAAAUGGGGCCGCCUGGUAUAUGUGAGACUACUGACAACCGUUUGCCAAUACCAGGACCUCCUGGUCCGCCAGGUCCACCUGGUCCGCCAGGUACUUCCGUGACCGGCCCUAAAGGAGAACCUGGAGGAAUUAUUUCGCAGAAAACAUUUUAUGCAUUCAGUGACAAUGCAGUUGAUCCAGAUGAUGAAGACGAUUUUUAUACCUCAGCGACAAUGAUUUAUAAAACUUCAACAGCCCUUAUCAAGAGAACAAGUUCGACCCCUUUGGGGACUUUGGCCUAUGUUUUACAAGAAAAGUUACUCCUUUUAAGAGUUGAGCGAGGCUGGCAGUAUGUGAUGAUGGGUUCCUUAUUUGAGGAGAAAGAGCAGAAACCGAAGAAUUUUGUGGCUAAGCUUUCAGAUGGUAGAGAACGGAGACGAAAAAACUUUAUUCGGCUAGCUGCUCUCGAUGAGCCUUAUUCUGGUAAAAUGGAGACUGCUACAAACCGUACUGGACGUAAAACAGUAGAUCAAGAAUGCCACAUACAGUCCCAGAAAGCAGGUCUUACUGGCACAUUUGCAGCAUUUCUAGCAAAUAAAGUUGAAGACUUAAAGUCGAUAUUAAAAACGAAAGAUAAAGACGUUGCUGUGUACAAUAUACAUCAGGAACUUCUGUUUGACUCAUGGACGGAUAUUUUUAAUGAAUCGGGAAUUACGACCGUCAAAUCUGAUAUUUAUAGUUUUAGCGGUAAAAAUGUACUUAUUGAUCCUACCUGGCCUCAAAAAGCUAUAUGGCAUGGUAGUAACUCAUUAGGCGUCCGCUUGACGAAUUCGUUUUGUGAGGAAUGGCAAAGUGAUAGCCCUAAACACUUUGGAACAGCAACGUACAUUUUUGACAAAAAGCUGUUUACGCAAGAAAAAUACACGUGUAACAACAAGUUGAUUGUGUUAUGUGUUGAAGUAAGGCCUAAUAUGAUAAGAAAACAGAGACAUACCUCAAGACGGCGAACUCCUUAUCCUCGGUUAAAUUCUAGAUUAGCCACAUAA